AUGGCAGCGGGCACCGCAGAGAUGGACACACACAUGGAGGAGCUGUUGGACCAGGGUCUGGGGAUGGAGGAGACAGCCCAUGGCCUGCUGAGGAGGCCCUCGCUGAAGGAGAUCUACCACAGUGACUCCCUGCUGGCACCCGACACUGACUUUAUGACAGAUGACCGCAGCUCAGCAGCCAGUGGGCUGGAUGUGGCCGACCGUCUGACCUACCUGGAGCAGAGGAUGCAGAUGCAGGAAGAUGAAAUCCAGCUGUUGAAGAUGGCUCUGGCCGACGUCCUCAAGAGGCUCAACAUCUCUGAGGAGCACCAAGUGGCUACUGCCACUGCUGCUGGCAGGAGAACAUCGGGCGCUAAAGCCAGGCCAGUGUCUCUAGCUCUGCCCUCCAGACCGCCCAUGGUGACCUCCAGUGCUGCCUCCCUGAAGAAGAGCUCCACGCUGCCCUCCAGCUCCACAGCCAGGAACUACAGCCCAACACCGCCCCGCAGUGGUGUGAAGAGCCCGCCAGAUAGUGUGAAGGACAGUCCAUGUAAGACCACUAAAACACGACCCACCUCUGCAGCCUCCACCUGUAAGAAACCUCCAGAAGGCAAGUCCAAGGAGGCUGCAGUAAGUGCAGGGACGAGGCGUGUGACACACUGCAAAGUGACUAUGCAGAUCUAUCUGAGCCCCCACAAAAGAAAGACUGGAUCUUCUGAGACCGCCAAGUCUGCAGCUGCAGUGCCUGCCAACAGCGGGCCCACGGCCACAUCCAGCAACCCUCAGACGAAGGAGGGCAGCAGGCCACACGGGAGGAAAACAACCCCAUCCUUCACCUUAAAUCUGCAGAAAACCACAACCAGCCAGAAGACAGUGCAGGACACAUCCAGCUACAAGAGCCCCACCAAAUCUCCCAGCCAGUACUUUCAGAUUUGUUACUGAGCCAAGAGGAUAGAGACAGAUUUACUACAAAUGUGUCCUUUACAUCGAGUUAACUAAAUCCAAAUUAAUUAUUAAAAGCCUCAAUCUACCGCUUGAA